AUGAAUAAUAUACCAUCGCCUCCCUCCAACUAUCAAUUUUCAUUACGACAAAAACUUGAUCAAAGGGAAUUUUUUCGAAAUCGAUUUGAUUUAUUUACAUCACGAUAUGUUAAUCUAUACAAUUCAGCAAUUGUCAUGGCUUUACCAGAUAAUUCGUCGGAUGAAAUGCGUCAUCUCAUACAAGCUUUAUUAGUAACUCAUGCCGAACCGAAAUUAAAUAGAACUAUCAAUGAUUCAAUAUUGACUUCUGCUAACUCUAAUAAUAAUAAUAAUUGGUAUCAACAUUUCAUUCAUCCUCGUCUACGUUUUCCAUAA